GCUGGCAGUGGGGAGGACCCAGGACUUUGCGGUUUCACAGGACGCUCAAGCGGUGCCUCCUCCAGCGGCCUCUCCUCAGAUUCUUUCCCUCCAGCCCGCUGGGAGGAGGCAGCCUUUCAUCAGAGCCCAGGCGGCAUGAGUCCCACCCGCUAGAGCCGAGGGACGCGCCAGCCCCGGGGGCAGCCCCGCGCCCAGCCAGCUCGCUCACGCACGCCGCGGCCAUGGCCCUGCGGACGCCGAUCCUCAGAGCGCGCCUGCGGCCGGCGCCCGGGCGGGCAGGGCUCGCGCGGGCCCAGGACAAAGGGUCCGGGCUGCCCGGGGCGCCGCGCGCCGGGGGCCGGGCCGAGGGGCCCCGCAGCCUGGCCGCCAUGCCCGGGCCGCGCACGCUAGCCAACCUGGUGGAGUUCUUCUGCCGGGACGGCUUCGGUCGCAUCCACGAGAUCCAGCAGCAGCACACACGGAAAUAUGGAAAAAUCUUCAAGUCUCACUUUGGUCCUCAGUUUGUAGUAUCUGUUGCAGACCGCGACAUGGUGGCUCAGGUGCUGCGGGCGGAGGGGGACGCGCCCCAGAGAGCCAACAUGGAGUCCUGGCAGGAGUACCGAGACCUGCGGGGCAGAGCCACCGGGCUCAUCUCAGCGGAGGGUGAACAGUGGCUCAAGAUGAGAAGAGUUUUGAGACAGAGAAUCCUGAAGCCGAAAGACGUGGCCGUAUUUUCCGGGGAAGUCAACCAAGUGAUCGCUGAUUUGAUUCAAAGAAUCUACAUCCUGCGGAGCCAGGCGGACGAUGGAGAAACUGUGACUAAUGUCAAUGACCUUUUCUUCCGCUAUUCCAUGGAAGGCGUGGCCACCAUCCUCUUCGAGAGUCGCCUGGGCUGCCUGGAAAACGUCGUUCCCCAGACAACGGUGGAGUACAUCCAGGCGCUCGAGCUCAUGUUCAGCAUGUUCAAGACCUCCAUGUACGCGGGCGCCAUCCCGCGGUGGCUCCGCCCCCUCAUCCCGAAGCCCUGGCGGGAGUUCUGCAGGUCCUGGGACGGCCUCUUCAAAUUCAGCCAAAUCCACGUAGACAAGAAGCUGAGGAGCAUCCAGUGCCAGAUGGACCAAGGCGAGCGGGCGAGAGGGGGGCUUCUCACCUACCUCGUCCUCAGCCAGGCACUGACGUUGGAGGAGAUCUAUGCCAAUGUGACCGAGAUGCUGCUGGCCGGCGUCGACACGACGUCAUUCACCCUGUCCUGGGCGGUGUAUCUCCUGGCGAGGCACCCAGAGGUGCAGCAGACGGUGUAUCGGCAGAUCGUCAGGAAUUUGGGAGAAAGGCACGUGCCGACGGCAGCUGAUGUCCCCAAGGUCCCGCUGGUCAGAGCUCUCCUGAAGGAAACCCUGAGGCUGUUUCCUGUGCUACCGGGGAAUGGCCGGGUCACCCAAGAAGACCUGGUUAUUGGCGGGUAUCUGAUUCCUAAAGGCACCCAGCUGGCCCUCUGCCACUAUGCGACCUCCUACGAGGAUGAGAACUUCCCCCGGGCCAGGGAGUUCCGGCCAGAGCGCUGGCUGCGCGAGGACAGCCUGAGCAGAGUGGACAACUUUGGGUCCAUCCCCUUCGGGUACGGCGUCCGCAGCUGCAUCGGGCGGAGGAUCGCAGAGCUGGAGAUUCACCUCGUCAUGAUCCAGUUGCUUCAACAUUUUGAGAUCAAAACAUCGCCUCGGACUAAAGCUGUUCGCGCCAAAACGCACGGGCUGCUAACGCCUGGGGAGCCCAUCCACGUGCGUUUUGUCAACAGAAAGUGACCCUGGACCCACAGACGGGGGUGACAGAGCACAGCCAGCUGGCCACACCCCCCGAGGUGUGCUCUCAUGAUCCCCACAGAGGAGCCAUCACUCGCCAUGCUGUCUGGCAGCCUCCUGGGUUCUCAGGACACUUGGAAGUCCUUAUGCAAAGGAAUCUAAGGAGAUGGCCAGUUUGCUUUGGUGCACCGGAAGUUGUCUUGGGGGGAAUAGCCGUUUAGAAACUGGUGGCCCAGUUUUCACGUGCUGUGCUCAGUAUUUAAUGGUUGCUGGUAUCUUACGCAUUUGUGCAAGGAAGCAGUACUUCCUGAAGAUGCGUUCUCUGCUGCUGGCAUCGGCAGUCUCCGACACGCGGCGAUUUCCACUCGCUUCUAACUCGAACAGGGAACCUUAGGAACGCCUCUGUGAUGCUGUCAUUAUGCGCUGGAGGCAACAUUUUAAUGCUAAGCACCAGAUUUAGAUCCCAUACAAGGAUCUCAGGUGAAAAGGGCCACAUUCUUAUUUUCCUCUCCAAACUGCUGCUUGCUUUUCUAUUCACGGCUCCGAACGCAGGGGAGCGUUAGUGUUUAUUUGAGAUGCAAUCAACAGGAAAAUCUCUCCCAGUGAAGUGAACAGUCACCAGAUUUUCUAAUCCAGUCUCAAUUCGAGGCACAGGUCGAUGUGACCAUGUGCGAUUUUGUUGCCUCAACUGAGAGAAAUGAAUGAAACCAGCAUCGUGGACAACAGUGUAACUUCAUAACAUUUUUAUUUUAAGGAAGAAAUAAAUGUAAAAAGCAGACGUGCUGCAGAUAGAGCAGUAUGUGUAUCUUCAGUGUGUCGCCGUGCAUAUCCAAACUGGAAACGGGAUGCAGCUGUCAGGACUGGUGUGUGGGGGUGGGGCACAAGCAGGGCUCAGGAGCUGCCGCUGAGCCAGUUCUGUUGCCUUUCGUGCCACCUACUGGUCACUACGAGGAAAUGCUGAUUUGAUAAUGUUCUCUCCUCGCCGUCGUACCAGACAGCCCAUUCCUGCUUCUGUGAUUCUUUUUAGUAAUCCUUAUCCACUAAUGACUUUGCUGCCAAUAUAUCCCAUGUAUCUUUUUUUCCCCCUUUAGAAAGUUAUUCGGCAAAACAGCCCUUCGAUAGCAUAGAAAUAAUAUCCACGUCACAUACCGUUUCUGUUAACCUACAUAGCAAAGUGAAAUGUGUGAUGACAGAAUGCUCUAAUAUGAGUUCUGUAAGUACAUAUGAAAUUAUGGGGGCUGGUGUAGUGGCAUAGCGGGUAAAGCUGCUGCCUGCAAUGCUAGCAUCCCAUGUAGGUGCCAGUUUGUAUCCCAGUCGCUCCACUUCUAAGCCAGCUCCCUGCUAACGGCCUUGGAAAAGCAGUUAAGUUGGCCCAAGUGUUUAGGCCCCUGUAAACCAUGUGGGAGAGCUGGAUGAAGCUUCCAGCUCCUGGCUUUAGCCUGGCUCAGCCCUGGCCAUUGUGGCCAUCUGGGGAGUGAGCCAAUGGACAGAAUCUCUCUCUCUCUCUCUCUCUCUCUCUCUCUCUCCCUACUCCCAACUCUGACUUUCAAAUAAAUAAGUAAACAUCUAUUUUUUUUUUUUUUACAUUUUUAUUGUACUUGAAAGGCAGAGUUACAGAGAGGCUGAGGCAGAGAGAGAGAGGGAGAGUUCUUCCAUCUGCUGGUUCACUCCCCAGAUGGCUGCAAUGGCUGGAGCUGUCCCUAUCCGAAGCCAGGAGCCAGGAGCUUCCUCUGGGUCUCCCACAUGCAGCAGGGGCCCAAGCACUUGGGCCACCUUCCAAUGCUUUCCCAGGCCAUAGCAGAGAGUGGGAUCAGAAGUGGAGCAGCUGGGAUUCGAACUGGUGCCCAUAUGGGAUGCCAGCACCGCAGGUGGUGGCUUCACCUGCUACGCCACAGUGCCGGCUUCUAAAAUCUUUUCCUUAAAGAUGAAAUUCUGUCUCAGUCACAGGCCAAAUGUUGGAUAAUACAUUAACUUUUAUAAACUA